GGAAUGGGAUGAGAAAUCAUCAUUUAGUUAGCUCGCUGCUAGCUGCCUGUAGCCAACCGCCGAGGUGUUAUGAGCUUUGUAGCCGGAAUCAGUAUAUUAUUUUACUUUCAAUAGGCGCAACGAUGACCCUCUGACACCAAGAAUGGACAUAAGUUAACAAUGACGGGGGAGAAAAAGAAGAAAAAGCGGCUGAACCGCAGCAUUCUUCUUGCAAAGAAAAUUAUAAUAAAAGAUGGAGGAAGUCCUCAGGGAAUCGGUGAGCCCAGUGUUUACCAUGCUGUGGUUGUCAUCUUCCUGGAGUUUUUUGCAUGGGGUCUUCUUACCACCCCGAUGCUCACGGUAUUACACCAGACAUUCCCCCAACACACAUUCCUGAUGAAUGGGCUUAUCCAUGGUGUCAAGGGCCUUUUAUCAUUUCUUAGUGCUCCGCUGAUCGGAGCGUUGUCAGACGUAUGGGGACGCAAAUCCUUCUUGCUGCUAACGGUCUUCUUCACGUGUGCGCCCAUUCCACUGAUGAAGAUCAGCCCAUGGUGGUAUUUUGCAGUCAUCUCCAUGUCCGGCGUCUUUGCCGUCACAUUCUCUGUGAUCUUUGCCUAUGUGGCAGAUAUCACGCAGGAGCAUGAGCGGAGCACAGCAUAUGGCCUGGUAUCAGCUACCUUUGCAGCCAGCCUGGUUACCAGCCCGGCCAUCGGAGCUUACCUGUCUGUGGCCUACGGUGACACCUUGGUGGUGAUUUUGGCCACAGCCAUCGCCCUGCUCGACAUCUGCUUCAUCCUGGUGGCCGUACCGGAGUCGCUGCCUGAGAAGAUGAGGCCAGCAUCAUGGGGAGCACCCAUCUCCUGGGAGCAGGCAGACCCCUUCGCUUCUCUGCGUAAGGUGGGUCAGGACUCCACGGUGCUCCUCAUCUGUAUCACAGUGUUUCUCUCCUACCUCCCCGAGGCCGGCCAGUACUCCAGCUUCUUCCUCUAUCUCAGACAGGUCAUAGGCUUCUCAUCAGAGACAGUGGCUGCCUUUAUCGCUGUUGUGGGGAUCCUCUCAAUACUAGCUCAGACGGUGGUGUUGGGGAUCCUGAUGCGUUCCAUAGGGAAUAAGAACACAAUCCUGCUCGGCCUCGGCUUCCAGAUCCUCCAGCUGGCGUGGUACGGCUUCGGCUCUCAGCCCUGGAUGAUGUGGGCUGCCGGAGCUGUUGCAGCCAUGUCCAGCAUCACUUUCCCUGCCAUCAGCGCCAUCGUGUCCCGUAACGCAGACCCCGACCAACAAGGUGUUGUCCAGGGGAUGAUUACUGGAAUUCGGGGCCUUUGUAACGGUUUGGGCCCCGCUCUUUACGGUUUUGUCUUCUACUUGUUCCACGUGGAGCUGACCGACACGGACGGCUCCGAUAAAGGUGCCAAACCCAACAUGGCCAACCCCACUGACGAGAGUGCCAUCAUCCCAGGCCCUCCCUUCCUGUUUGGUGCAUGCUCAGUGCUGCUGUCUCUGCUGGUGGCCCUGUUUAUCCCAGAGCACACGGGGCCCGGCAUGAGGCCCGGCGCCUAUAAGAAGCACAGCAACGGGGCACAGAGUCACUCCCACAGCCCACAAGGCAGCGGGGCCGAGGGCAAGGAGCCGCUGCUGGAGGACAGCAGCGUAUAACCACAGCUAAAGGGGGCAGACAACGCUCUGACCCGACACCCCCGCACACACAUGGACAGAUACACACAUUUUACCACACGGACACACUCUCACCUCGGGCACACAUCAGACUCAAGUGCCACGAAGAGGUGUGUGUGUCCGCAGCACAAAAGCGGGCACUCCUUCCUUAGCAGCCCUUUUCUGUUUUUUAAAGCAGGGUAUCGUGAGGACUCUCUGAAGACCGUGUGUGAGGAGAGCGUUGUGUUUGGGCUGCAGUGGAAAGGCGUGUGUGACCUGGCUGAGCUGGACUCUAAUUCUUGGUUUCUCUAAAGCAGAGUGGAGCAUACGACAGCCUUGCCCCCCCCCCCCCUCCUGGUGCAAAACCACCGACGUGAUUUUGGUUUAGAGUGUGAGUGGGGUAGAUCUCAAAUGUUACUAAAUCCCUGUGUGAUUCUUCAUAUUCCUCUGUAGCCGGUGGAGUGGCAACUUUGUCUGUUUGUCCAACGAAGAGUGUCACAAACAGUUAGUUGAGCACUUGUCUAAUGGUCGUUCACAAGCUAACUUCUGCUCUGAUGCUCACGGCUCUGUGAAAGCAUCCGAGAAGGGAACACAGUUCUUCCUCUGAAUGCACUGCAGCAAACUGUGCACCUGCGAGGGCGGGAGUCUCUGCAAACCAGUGUUCGAAAGGCGCUGCCUAAUCUAGAUCAGGAUGGGUCAACUGGUUCAGAUAUAUAAAGCUUCGUAAGACCACACUUUGUCUAAACGUCACACUUCGUACAGAAAGAAGUGUGCAAGAGAGAGACCACUUUACUAGCUGAAACUGUUUUUCAAUGUUUACUUGCCAUUCUCUAGAUUAGUAGUACAGUUUGGGUUGUAUAUUUUUCUCUGUUUAAACUGAAGGCUAGCUGUGCUUCAAGUUUUUAUUCAAGAAACAAAUGUUGCCUCGAAGUGACUUAAUAUAUAUAUAAAUAUAUAUAUUAAUUACGUAACCUGUAUGAAGACUGGGUCCUUAAAAUGCUCUGUAAUCUUAUGCUAUCGCUCCCAUCGGAGCCAUUACACACUUUUUAUUCCCUUUGUUUUCAUGCCCUUCUUCUUACAUUGUUCCCUGACAUUUAUCACCAUCAGGGUUAAAGGCUGACAGAACCAUGGUUUUAUUUUAAAAGCCUCUGGACCAUUCGGAGCUGCUGCGUUGCUAUCAGCAUGUCAGUGUGUGUACUGACUGUUAAUGCAGAGUCUUUGAAUUAAUAUCAUUAAGUUAAACAGAAUAUCACUCAUGCUGCUGCAGUAGAUAAUUCAAAGGUUACUGUGACUUGAUGUGGUGGAUAAAGAUUUUUACAGUGGUCAUAUGAACAAUGAAACGAUUUCGCAGAGUCCUUGACAUUUAAGCUUCCAAACAGUUAUUAACAGGCACGGCAUAUUUCUCAAAUAAUAACUAACAGAUGUGACGCGCCCCUCACUGACAAACUCACAUUUAACGGGCUUCAGAUUCUCCACAAAAGGGAGCCAUUUCGUCAUUGUCAGACCAGUUCUGUACAUGCCAAUGUGCGCCACCUGUAGGGGAAAAAAGGUUGUUGCAACAGUAGUUCAGACUUGAAGACUGAAAAAAAAAAUCAGUCACCUGCUUCAGGCAAGGAGGGAGGUGGAAAAGUUGACAAAUUUGACUGAAUUUAGUGGACACAGAUUCUGCGAUUAAUUUAUUGCAUAGGCGGCUGCAAGUUCUCCUCAUCGUCUCUGGAUGGCUUUUUACAUGCGUGUGAAUGCACACAGCGCUGUUAACAGAGCUCUUCCAAAAACAGAGCUGUAAUUUUAAUUGUUCAAAACUCUAGUCCCAUUGUCCAGGGCUCUCUGUGUUACUAUACAUCCAUUAUUUUCCUUCGUUUGAGGUUUGACUGGUGCUCUUUUAACUUCUCGUUGCACCCUCUUCUUCUGCAUUGAUAAAAUUAGUGGAGAAUUAGCACCGUCUACUGCUCAUUUUGAUGGACCAGCUCCCAAUAUUUGCUAAACAGUAGUGGAUUAAAAAAACACAUAAAUUUGCGUUUUCUUUUUUAAAAAAUGGACUACUUUUGGAUAGAAACUCAUGAUAAAGAAAAACGGGAGGUUUUCGUGUCCUCCAUCUCCAUUCUCAGCAGCAGUUUGUGAAUUGGGGGGGUGGAUAAUCACGCUGUCGAUCCGUUCAGAGCUUAUCUGAUUAGAUUGAUGGAUGAUGCUGAUGAGUGAAUACAACUUUUAAGACCCAGCAGAAUGAAUAGUUAAGUUUCACUUUCAGUGAGCCUUGACAACAUCCUGCUGCUCCAUCUGUGC